CACACUUUAACUUAGUUUGUGUCACUCCAGCUGGACAGGAGACCGAGUCGGACACCGACAACUUUGCAAACUAAAUGAUAAACCUGCUUAUUUGCAGAAGGAGUCCCGUCUGAGGAUCGUCUCGAUGUCCGUCUCAGUGGCCUCAGUGUCCCGUCUGCUCCGAUGCGGUCUGUCCUCGGUGGGCCGGAGCACCAGCGGGGGGGUCCGGUGGAGCAGCACUCGUCUGGACGUGGAUGGAAGCGGACGUCCAGCCACGUGGGACUCCUUCGGGAUCUGGGAUAACCGGAUAGAGGAGCCCAUCCUGCUGCCUCCCAGCAUCCGCUAUGGGACCCCCAUCCCACAAAUCAGCCUGUCCAAGGUGGGCUGCGCCUCCCACAUCGGCCGCCGGCGCGACAACGAGGACCGCUUCCAGGCGAGCAGACUCACGCAUGACGUCCUCUUCUUCGCUCUGUUCGACGGACACGGAGGACCACAGGCCGCGGACUUCUGUCACAAACACAUGGAGCAGCACAUCCGGGAUUGUUUGGAGGUGGAAACAGAUUUACAAACAGUUGUGUCUAAAGCGUUCCUGCAAGUGGACGCAGCUUUGUCAGCGGAGCUGCAGAUGUACGGCAACGCCUCCCUCAUGAUGGUGGGCACGACGGCGACGGUGGCGCUGUUACGAGACGGAAUCGAGCUGGUCGUCGGCAGCGUCGGAGACAGUCGAGCUCUGCUGUGCAGGAAGGGAAAAGUGCGCAAACUCACCGACGACCACACGCCAGAUAGGAAAGAUGAGAAACACAGGAUUCGUCAGAGUGGUGGGUUUGUGACCUGGAAUAGUGUCGGUCAGGCAAACGUUAACGGCCGGUUGGCAAUGACCCGCAGCAUCGGAGACUUCGACCUGAAGAAGAGCGGCGUGAUCGCAGAACCAGAGACCACUCGAACUCUAUUGCAUCACGCUCACGACUCUUUCCUGGUUCUCACCACCGACGGCAUCAACUUCAUCAUGACCAACGAGGAGAUCUGUGAUGUCAUCAACCAGUGCCACGACCCCACCGAGGCGGCAAACGUCAUCGCUGAGCAGGCUCUGCAGUACGGCUCGGAGGACAACAGCACAGUCAUUGUCGUCCCAUUUGGAGCCUGGGGAAAACAUCAGAACGGCGAAUAUACGUACAACAUGAGCCGAAACUUUGCCUCCAUCGGCCGCUGGUCCUAACGGUGGUCAAAAGAUCAUCUCAACAAGAGAAAAACACUCCCAAUAACAACCUGUUCUCAUAGUAAACAAAAGUCCAACUGUAUGAAGCGAGAGUAAAACUGGUGGAUUAUUAUUUAUUGUUAGGGAACACUCAUUGUGUUAAAUAAUUACGUCUUUCUCGAAACAUAAGAUGAUUGAAUUCUGUGUAUGUAAUUGUGUCAACACUGAUAGAGGCCCAUCAAAACAAAAGUUAAAUAAUAAAUCUAGAACAAAUGAGUCUUUAUAACUUUAUUUAUUGGCUAAAACUGUUUAUACAGAGUUCUGGCAUGAAACUCUAGAUGGCGCCUUCCAAUACAGUACUUAUAACUCAAUCUGUCCUAAUGACAUCAUUAUCACAUGGCACAGCUGAUUGGUUCCCUCCUGUAUCGGUAACCAAUGAGCUCGCUGCUCAGCAUAAAUAUAUUACCGUAGCAGUUGCAGCUUACUUCAGAAGCCCUCCACCUUCCCCAGCUCCACCUGUAUAGGCCUGCUGCAAGAUGAUUCAUGUACGCUAUAUGUGGGUUAUUUCAUGUAUGUUAUAUUUGGAGUAGCAAUGUUUCUUACUUGCUCACAGCAGCAUGUUAUGGAUGUAUUGGCAACAGCAGCAGCAGCGAAGCAGAUCUAUUCUGCCAAGACCAAAUACAUUAACAUUGUAAUGUCCAUAUAUCAUGCCAAUCCCUCUGAGAGUUAUUAUUAUGCUAUUACUGAAUAUAAAAGUAACUUGUGGAAUAUACCAACCCAUAUGUGCACACGCAUUCAAUAAAUAGUUAAUAUUUCAUGAUAGUAAUAAUAAUAAUGAUUAUAACUAUGUUAAAUAGUAAUUGUUUAUUUUUUUAAUGAUGUUGUAUUUUCUGUUUUAAACAAUUGACUGGUUUUAUCUGACUAAUUGUUCAUUUGCAUGACAACAAUGUUCUAAAAAUUUAAAAGCUGCAUUUGCAUUUUUGAAAAUUUCAUUUCAUCCUUAUUUACAUGGACUAAAAACGCUGUAUUAUUCAUGCCGGGCCAGUAGUUGGCGAUGUAGUUUAGUAAAAUACACGCAUUGUGUGCACACCGUUUUUUUUUUUUUUUGCAAGUUUGCAUUUUGUGAUUUAUUUGCACUUUAUCAAGGUGUAUCACAUUUAUCGUUGCUCAGCAAAAGUUUGCGGGUGAAAUUGAGUCAUUCCAAUAGGAAUCCGCACAAUCGAGUGUUUCAGAAUCAGAAUCAGAAUCAGAAUGAGCUUUAUUGCCAGGUAUGUUUUUUUUGCAUGAAAAUGUCAAGAUUUCUCUCAUGUUCAAGUUUUUUACACUGAUUCUACUUGACACAACACCCUUUUCAACAAUGAAAUACAGAAAACUUUCUGGUGUUUUGGUCGUUUAUUUGCACGACGAUGCCAUUUUGGGGACCUGAAAACGCAAACUUUUUUAAACAUGUUUCCAAGUGCGCAUUUUUGAAAAUUAUACCGUUAUUGUCUCCAUGUAAACUUUAAAAAUGCUAAUUUGUAAAACCGGUGACAUCAUGCACAUGCAUAUUACGUAUUCUGUCUAAAGGCAUGCCUGAUUACAUAUCGAAGAAUGUUUAUGUUUCUUUGCAAAGUGACAUCGCCAUCUACAGGCCUGGCAUAAUACAGUGUUUUUAGUCAUUUAUGUGGAUCCGCGUGAACUGGGAUCACUUUGACGACAUUGGUGUCUGUAUGCAAAGUUUUAAGUUUUUAGUACAGACGUCCUGUAAAUGUACCCUAAAAGUGUAAAAUGUUAGUUAUCUGAGCACAAUGGACAUUUUUAGUGCCUUACUACUUUGUAACGUGAUUUUAUUGACAAAUCAAGUCAAGUGGGUAAUACUGCUAAAGACAUUUGGUUAAGUUGAUCCCAAAGUUUUGCAUUGGUACAGUACUGUUUUAGAGAGAUUGGCUUGUGUACUCUCUCAGUGUAGUAUAAAUAUCUUCUACACUGCUGAUGGUAUCACAUGUCAGUUAUGAAAUACGAUUGUAGAGAACUUCCUGUGAAAUAAAAACUGCUAUGAAACAUGG